UGCCGCCCUGCACUCCGGUGGCCUUCCAUGCCAGAGGGUGCCGGAGGAGAAGCCCGCGCAGCCGCACGCGAAGCCGAGGUGCUGCGAGCUCUAGGCCCUGCUGCUGCCGCCCUCGCCGGCCUCCCUUCGAGCUGGAGCUCGUGGUCAGCGGCAAGGAGCAGUAGCAGCGGCUGCAAGCAACAGCACCACGGGCCUCGCUCGCCUCGACGUGCACGCCGAGCUCCUGCUCAUCCCCUUGCCGCCGAGCCGCAGGCCGCACUCCGGCGCCGAGGCGGCAACAGGCUCGCAUUCGCGGUUCGGUCCCUGCGUCGCGCCGAGAAGGACCUGGCCCACCUCUCCGCCUCUGUGCACGCCACGGUCAAGUUCCCCAUGCCCUCCGCGUCCAACAGCGCGGCGGAGGUCGAGGUGUCCGGGGUGCUCGCCAAGGCCGUGGCCACUACCAUGUUUCGGCCGUCGAAGCCGUGUCCUUCGCUGCCACCUCCAAAAAGACCACCGCAACAUCCUCCAGCAUAGGAGCAGUAGCAGCGGCCGCAAGCAGCAGCA